AUGUCGCUUUCAGAUGAUGAUUUUGAUGACGAUGACGAUGAAAUUUUACUUGCAUUAACUAAAUCCAAAUCAACCCAAAACAGACGAGUAACAACUCCAAAUAGUAUUGACAAACCAACACAGAAUAGUAAUAGUACACAGCUACCCAACAUUGAUGUUCAAGCUAGAUUGAACCGUUCAGACGGGGAGAUUGCCAUACUUCGAGCACAGCUUCAACAAUUGCAAAAUCAAAAGCAGGAAGACUUGAAUAAAUUGAAAGAAUCACAUAACAUUAGUAAAGUACAAAAUGACGAACAAUUGAAAGCGCUUAAGUUCACGGUACAAAAGUUAGAAGAUGAAAGGAAAUUCUUGAACAAUGAGCUUAGGGGUGCAACAGCAUUAAAAAGAAGAAAGCUUCCUAGUAGGGCAGACGAUUCGAUGAUGGAUAUAGACGUGAUGCCUAUUCUGGAUACACAGCAAGCGAAUGGAACACGAUAUCAGCACGAGCGUGCAGAAUCUAUCGAACCGGAGACAGAAUUAAGGCCGAUAUUGCCUCAAAAGAUUAUCAAGAUACAAAAUGAUGCGUCGCUCUUUACUGAUCAUAUUUGGAAUCAUUGUAUAAAUGGAAGUAAACGAUCGACACUUAACUAUCUCAGCAAGAUCUACGUGGAUAUUGAUAUUCUGGUGCAUGACUUUAAAACACAUGCGAAAAUGCCAUUAUCUACUGCCAUUACUGAAUAUCUCAUGUUGAAGAAAAAUCUGAGAUUGGAUGAAUUAGUUGCCGAAUUUACGCAAACUUUAUCUGACUUGGUAGAUAUUCUUUUGGAGAAGAAACUCAUAUUAUCAAUUCCGUUUUUGCUAGCCUUGAUACAUGCGUCAUUGAAUUUCCGAUCAUCUGCAGUUAGUCAAACAUCUAUUAAAUCAUUAUUGGAAUCAAUUUGUAAAUUAGCACUAAAUUUUACUUUCUUACUAGACUCAAGUCAAGAUGAGGAAGAUUUCAUAAAUUAUCAUGAUGUGCCUAAUCAAGUUAUGGUCUUGGAGAAGUUUGCACUCAUAUGUUGUCUUGAUAUAAUAGAAAAAUUGAUGUCUUUAUCCUCACUUUUUGGGGCAAAAUUUAUUGAAACCAUUUGGAAGGAGAACUAUGUUAGAGUCGAGUUAUUUAGAAAAUGCCUACCAGAAAACACUGAAAGAUUCAAAAAUCUUGCUCAGAUUAAUUUAAUUUAUAACUUUGUUGAAAUAUUAAUGUCAUCAAUAAGUGAAACUACAUUUGCAUAUAAUGAUACACCUAAUAAGAUACUGGAUGAAUCGAUAAUAAAUUCUCUUUUAAAAGUAUUUCUUAUUGAAUUACCUGUUAAAGAUGAUUUUAUGUUCUAUGGAUUAAAUAGGAUAAUGGGAAACAACAUUGAUUUCAACAAAAUUGACUCUAUAAUACCGACGUCCGAAACGCUACUAAAUCAUUCAAUGAUAUCUAGACCUUGCCCUAUACCCUAUGAAUAUUUACAAGAAAGAAUGGUACCAAUCAAAAAAGAAAGUAACUUGACCAGCAAAGAUUCACAAAUGAAUCAACUAGCAUUCGAAGUACAAUCAAAUCAUGAGUACCAUGUUCUUGAUCUAAGGCUAAAGGUUGCUACUUUGUUAGAGUCUUUUAUUGUCACAAAGUCAAGUACACAGAUAUUUGAACUGAAGGAAUAUAUCAAGUCCAUUGUUCGAACCAUAGGGUUUGAACAGGUCUUCAUAAUGAGGUCUCCUAGAUCUAAGACGAUAUACUUGAGGAUUCAAAUUAUAGCCGUGCUAGUUAGAAUUCUCAAUUAUAUUUCUUCGGAGGUUCGAGGUUUAAAUAAUUUGAUUUAUCCUGAAACCUUAUACGAAAUAUUUGUUAUACUUCUGAGGAUUGCGUUUGGAUCCAACUCGUUAUCUGCGGAAGCACAUAGUCUACUUUUGGAAAUCAGAAGCAAGCACAAGUACGACAAGCUGGUUUUCAACGAUGACUGCGAAAGAAAAGCACGCGAGAUAAACCAUAUAACAUUUAGUAACCUACAUACUGAUGGCAAAUUGGUUGCAGAUAUCGAAAGUGAAUUGGCCAACGGGUUAGAGUUCCCAUACGAAACCGAUACCAUUGAAGUAGCCCGGGAAAUAUUGGACCUCUGCGUCACCCAUGAGGAAGCGGAUAAUUUGUACUUCAACAUGAAUAAUGAAGACUUAAACUUUGACGAAAUGGCCCUAGUCGAUGACUGA